UAUUUCACUGGCUCCAGGAUUCCCAGGUAGUGUUUGCAUUAUUGAUAGGCAUGGCUACAAGCAGGCUGCUUCCACGGGGCAGAGCUUCCAUCCACCUGCUUGCUAUUACCCUGUUGCCUGGAGAUCACAAACAGCCUGGCCUGGAGAUGUGUGGCUGCAGAACAAGUGUUCCCAGUAUGAAGCAGUACUCAGUCAGUCAGCCUGCUCCUGCUGCCGCCAAAAAAGGCCCUCCAGCUGCUGCAGGCAUGCCCAAGGGUGUACCCGUUGCCAAGCAGCUGGCAUCAAUAAAAGCUCUAAGAAAAGGCUCAGACCUUGAAAAGGCUUUUGCUACAGCAGCUUUGGUGUAUAACAACCAUGCUGACCCUGAGAGCAAGCUCAGCAAGUCUGAAACCAAGAGCUUACUGCAAUCCCAGUUCUGGCACUUCAUCCAGGGCCAAGAAAACAAACCAAAAUACCAGGAAAUAAUUUCUUCCUUGGAUGAGGACUCAGAGAACAAAAUUAAUUUUGAAGACUUCAUGAUCUUGUUAGUCAGUCUCACUCUGAUGUCUGACCUGCUGCAGGAGAUCAAAAAUGUGAAAACCACAAAAUGAUUUGUGAUUUUAAAGAAGAAAUGGCCUGGCAGCAUGUGAGGAAAGCAUGAGUGAGGUACACACAGAGUGCCUGGGUUCCCUGUGCUGGUCCCUUUUAAAUGGAAUAAAGUUGUGUCCAAACC